CAAAGCUCAUUGAUAUAAACCAAGUGGAGCUCCUCUCUCCCCAAGGUCCAACUACCGUAGCCCCACACGCCCUCCUCUUACCUGCCAGCUACGAUAUAUAUGCUCGCCCUCCGCUCCCUCCGACCUCUCACAUCUUCCUUCGCAACACCACUAAGAUCCGUAUCGAAGCUUCAACAACGCACAAUGGCAUCAUCAACCGGUGCUCCACUACAAGAAUGGCUCGUCAUUGUACCCGACCAUGCGGGUGCGCUGCAGAAGCGUAUUGCGAGCCGGCCGAAACAUUUGGAGGGGCUCAAGGCCGAUAGGGAGGAUAUGUGGUUGUGGGGUGGAGCAAUGCUCGAAGAACCCAUCAAAGAAGGCGAUACGAACCCUCCCAAGAUGAAAGGCUCCGCGUGCCUCAUUGGAGCCAAGACGAGGGAGGAGGUCGUGGAGAGGCUAAAGCAGGAUCAAUAUGUCAAGGAUGGCGUGUGGAAUGUGGAUGAGGCGCAAAUUAUUCCAUUCAAGAGUGCUCUUAGGAAGGCUUUGUAGUCUGGAGUUUGCAAAGCGGUAGUGGAAAAGAUGUCGCUCAAACCGCCACCUUGAUAACUCAGGUUCGAGAACUCUACUUCUAUUUCCUUCCUUCUUUGUCGUGCCUCUCUCGGGCCAAGUAUCAUGAGCCAGAAGACAAUAUACUUUAAACAUAUAUGCCGACAGGGAACGGCCCAAUAUCGAGUUACCCACUGACUUGCACAUACCGCGCUUACACAACCUUGACAUUUACCCUAAUAAGAGUUAUGUUUAGUAUGCGAGGAAACGUCGAAGUGUAAGACGAAGGCGAGCAAUCGCAUCUAGUUAAUUGGGCAUAAGAGGUCGUGGUGUGGCAGGACGGGUGUCAUUUGGCCUUUGAGGUUAUUGGAUGUGAUGGCCACUACUUCGGAUUGUGUAGGAGAAGUUCCAGUUUCUCGCGUG